GGGGGCGGGCUCGGGCGCGGGCGCGGAUGUGGCUGCGGCAUCAGAAUCUGACCAGAUGAGUUCUUAAUGAGCCCAUGAGGGCUUCCAGUUCUUGCCUUCCUCUCCUGAAGGGUGUGUCUGGUGGCUACUCCAGGAAACAUGGCCAAGUUUGCCCUGAAUCAGAACCUGCCUGAUCUGGGUGGCACUCGCUUGUGCCACGGCCCGAUUGGGGGCUCCCGCAGCCCGAGUUCGUCCUACACGGUGGAGACGCCCUAUGGCUUCCACUUGGACCUGGAUUUCCUCAAAUACGUGGAGGAGCUGGAGCGCGGCCCCGUCGCCCGUCGCGCCCCCAGCGCCCAGCCCGCACGCCGUCCCCGCGCGCCCCGGGUCGGCAUCACGGGCGCGCGGAGCCCAGGAGCCUGGACGUCCAGCGAGUCCCUGGCGAGUGACGAUGGGGGAGCGUCGGGCGCACUCUCCCCGGGCGCGCCCGCCUGGUUCCUGCAGCCGCCGCUGUCGCCGCGCGUGCCGGUGCCGCUGCGGAACCCGCACGUGGAGGACAUGCUGCUGGAGACCAGCCGGCGGCUGGAGCUGGCGCAGGAGCGCGAGCGCAGCCCUCGGGGUUCGGGCCGCAGCAGCCCGGCCCCGGGCUCCGCCGCCACCCCCGCCCCCGCCUCGCCGGGCCCGGGGCAGCUGCAGGCGGUGCGGGAGCAGAUGGCCGUGGCGCUGCGGCGGCUGCGGGAGCUGGAGGAGCAGGCGCGUGCGCUGCCGCAGUUGCAGGAGCAGGUGCGCGUGCUGCGCGCGGAGAAGGCGCGGCUGCUGGCGGGGCGCCGGCUGCCCGAGGACCAUGCGGAGGCCGAGGCGCGCCCGGACAAGCUCGCCCAGCUGCGGCGGCUCACCGAGCGCCUGGCGGCUCCUGAGCGCGGUGUCCGUGCCAGGGCCUGUCCCCGGGCGGACGGCCUGGACGAGGAAGCUCCGCGGGGCAGCGAGGGCGCACUCCGUGUCCUGGACGGGGCGGCCCAGACGCAGGAGCCUGGAGUCCAGGCCGUGCUGGGGACCCAAGAGGCAGAAGCCCAGGCAGUGCCGGAGACCCGGGAAGCCAACGUGCAGGCGAUCCCCGAGACCGUCGAGGCGGACGCAUGGGUGACGGAGGCGCUGCUGGGGCUGCCCGCCGCCGCCGAGCGCGAGCUGGAGCUGCUGCGCGCCGGCCUGGAGCACCAGUGCGGGGUGAGCGAGCUCCUGCGGGGCCGGCUGCGGGAGCUGGAGGAGGCCCGGGCGGCUACGGAGGAGGCGGUAGCGGCCGGGUCUCCGUCCCGCGAGGCUGCAACCCAGACCCCGUGGGGUUGUGUGGAGAAGUCCACGCAGACCGAGCCCCCCGCGGAGGCCCCUUCCCGGACGCAGAGCCCACCUGGACUCACCGACAGGGACAGGGCCACGGCGCCCGUGGGCGUCCUCAAAUCCAUCAUGAAGAGGAGAGACGGAACGCCUGGCGCCCAGCCCAGCCCGGGACCCAAGAGCCUGCAGUUUGUUGGGGUCACCAAUGGAGAGUACGAGAGCUCAUCCAGUGAGGAAGACAGCGACAGCGAGGACGAUGCUGCCGACCCUCUGAGGAGCAGCUCCUGUGGCUCCGAGGAUGACAGCGGCCAGGGAUCCGACUCGGGCACCCCGGGACCUCCCGGCAGCGGAGUCGUUCGGGAGCCGGAGCCGGAGCCCGAGCGGGAGCCAGAACCAGAGCCGGGUUCGCCGGGGAGGUGCGAACUGAGCCCGAGAUUGAGGGAGGCGUGCGCAGCGCUGCAGCGGGAGCUGAGCCAGCCCCGUGGGGUCGCCCGUGACAGCGGCGCAGCGCGCCUGGUGGCCCUGGAGUGGUUUCGAGUGUCCAGCCAGCGCCGGUCGCAGGCAGAGCUUGUAGCCGGGGUCCUGCGGGCGGUAGCACGCCUGGGACAGGAGCUGCUGGCCCACGUGGUGAACCUGGCAGACGGCAACGGGAACACAGCCCUGCACUACAGCGUGUCCCAUGGCAACCUUGCCAUCUCCAGCUUGCUGCUGGAUACUGGAGUCUGCAACGUUGACUGCCAGAACCAAGCAGGCUACUCAGCCCUCAUGUUAGCUGCACUCACCUCUGUUGGGCAGGAGGACAUGCCUGUGGUCCAAAGACUCUUCCAAAUGGGCAACGUCAAUGCCAAGGCUAGCCAGACAGGGCAGACAGCCCUCAUGCUGGCCAUCAGCCAUGGCCGACAGGACAUGGUAGCAGCCCUGCUAGCAUGUGGGGCUGAUGUCAAUGUGCAAGAUGUGGACGGAGCCACAGCACUGAUGUUUGCCAGUGAGUACGGGCACCUGGAAACUGUCCGGAUGCUACUGGCCCAGCCAAGCUGUGAUCCUGCCCUCCUGGACAAUGAGGGCACCAGUGCCCUGGCCAUGGCUCUGGAGGCCGAGCAGGAUGAGGUGGCUGCUCUGCUGCAUGCCCACCUGAGUUCAGGCCAGCCUGGUCCCCCGUCACCCCCUGACUCUCCCCCCGCCAUGCCUGGCCAAAGAGGAAGCAGUGACGAUGGAGAGGACCCCCGGCCUCAGUGAACAGCCUCGCACAAUGGAGAUGGAUAUGGAUAGGGUGGGGAUAAGGGUUGACCUUUCCUAAUAAAACAUUUCUAACU